AUGUGGAUGCCUGUGCUCAUCUUCAUCGCCACCUGGAUUCUAGAAGGAUCUACAGCCGAGUAUCUGGAGGUGAGUCCUUCAGACUGGCUGGAGUUCUCGUGCGAUGACCAGGAGCAGGGCCAUCACAUGAGGUGCGACGUAUACGUCAGGUGUAGUGGGACUCCCAGACAAGAGGACUGGUUGCCCUGCAACAGCACUAUCUGCAUCAACAUCGGCUCUACAAGAAGAAAGGACACACCUGAGGUAGACUCCGAGUCUGGGGAGGAUGUCAGAAACAUUACUGUGCAGGACCCAGUGGAGAUGCACGUCAAAGAUCCUGGCUGCGAGGACGAGAUCCUGACAUUCAUGGUGAUGGUGACUGGUGAAGGAUCCUUCUCACACUCGUUUGUGUUCAAAUCCAAGACAUAUGUGGAGAAGUUCCUCUGCAAAGGCAGAGAUGAAUUGAGCUGUCGCUUCCUAGACCUUCACAACAAUGACAGUAGCAGCAACAUCAGCUUGCAUAUGAGAGAGGUGAACAAGGAAGACCUCAGUAUCUACUGGUAUGGAGUUAAGGGAGCCAGCCACCCUCAGGACUGGUUCUUCUUCCUGAGAUUUGCCCUAGUCGUCGUUCCAUCACUGUCACCACGACUUCCAGUUGUUACAAGUAAUAACUCUGACGUGCACGGUGGAACUUCUGCACGCUUGAAGGAUGGAGCCGUGCUGCUGAUCUGUGGCCUGGUAUUGUCCGUCAUCAUGCUGCUGCUGGUCUCACUGCUUGUCUACAAAGGUCACAUAACUGCUUUUGACAUCACUGGCGGUAAAAGUAUCAACAGCCAAAACAAGAAGAGGAUUUUAUUUGUUCUUUCUUCUUCUGCAGUGUGUUCACAGAAGCACAGAUGUGGGGAGGAUGGUGAGAGUGAAGACGUCAACGAGGUCAAUGACAGCAACAUGAACAACUAUGAGGAGAUCUUACCUGGGAAUGUGGCCAAAACCAUCUACGUCACUGCCCACUUUAGCACCAACCACCAUCACCCUAGCGACGGCAACUCCACUGUGACCCUCAAACGUUCCGACUACUCCACAGAGCAUCUGUACUCCACCCUCAGUCCCCCUCUUCAGUAAUGAUCCCCAUGUUGUGGAGUCACUUUAUGACAAUAUAGCUUCCUGUAUCCUGACAUGUUCAUACGGCUUGCCUUUCUGCCAAUUGAAAGGAGUCUUCUCUUUGAAAAGACAAGAGCAGAACCGAAUGUUGGAGAUUGAAAUUAUUGGUCAACGUUGGCAUGAUGGAACCAAAAACAUGAUCAACAGAAAUUUGUAUCAGA